CGCCUCCCCCACCGCCCACUUCACCUCGUCCUAAUGGGUGACUGCUAAUGCCAAUAGCCGCUCGGACUGCACGGAAUAAAGAGGGAGGGAAGUCAAGUCCAGAGGAUUAGAGAGUAGGAGCAACGCUCGGAGAAUAAAGUGUCAUACCCAAAAAAACAAAAAAAACCAACUCAAAAUGUCCCACAAAAACUGUUUACUUUUACCGAGUGAUGUGGAAAACUUACCAAGAAUAUCCGAGGCUGAUUCAUCGUCAGAGACCUGUGUCCAUCAAGAACAGCAUCGAUAUCCACAGCGACUCUCCCUAACUGAUAGGCUCUGUGUUGGGGCCCAUCAUCUUGAGACAGGCCCUGCAGAUACACCCUCCCCAGAUGCUUCUGGACACCACUUCUGCCACUACACCCCAAAAUGUUUUUUUGGUGUCCAUAGAGGGGGGCAUGUCACCUCAGCCCGGUCUUCUCCACUACGCAACGGAGAAGAGGGAUGGCAUGAAUGCACCACAAGGACUACAAUCAGAGUUGACAAUGAGGUGGAGGCGCACAGGGAGGCCAACAACUACAAGUUUGGUUUCAGAAAAUGGAAGGCCAGUGUAACGGAGAAGCCCAUUGAAGACCAAUCGGAGAUCAUGAAAGAGCUGCACUCUGACCUUAGCAUUGUUAAGGCUCAAGAACGCCUGGGUUCAGUGGUAACCUUUGGGAAUGUGUGCUAUGUAUUUUUAUUUGGUUGGUGGAUAGCGUUAAUCUACAUCCUCAUUUCUGCUGUCAUGUUUCUGACAGUGGCAGGUGCUACUUAUGGAAAAGUUUGUGUCACGUUGGCAUGGUACUUUAUUUGGCCAUUUGGGAAGUGUAUUGAGAAGGUUGAUAAUGUACUUAAUAGAUUCUCUGUGAACCCUCCAAACUGUGAGGUCAUUCCUCAUGAGACGGACAGUGAGGAACCUGUCAUGAAUAAAGACUCUGCAUCCCUAGUGUCUUCACCCCCACAUAUCCAGAUCCCUGUCCCAGAGCUGCCACCAAAGAACACUUCAAAGCACUGGUGUCGUGUCAGCACUUGCAUUUGGUUGUUACUUGGUUACCCUGUCCUGGCUGUCAUGCACUGCCUCGCCUGUGUGCUGUCCUGGUUGCUGGUCUUCACCAUCCCAGUAGCAAAAAUCAACGCUCGUAUACUGACCGGCGUCCUUCUCAUGGCACCAGAGGACCUUCACAUCCACACACUGGAAAAGGACAAGACACAGGCAUGUGGAACCAGAGUCCUUUUAUGCUGUUAUCAAGCUUUCAAUAUGCAUUACUACAAAUACACAGUCCACGGUAUCAACAUUUUCGCCCUCAACCUACUUCCGUUGGUAUUUAUCACUUUGAUCAUUGGUUACGCUGACAAAGGAAACAAUUACUUCAGAGCUGAGACAAAGUUUGCUACAGCCAUGAUUUCCAUUAUUCCCCUGUCUUAUUAUAUUGGCAUGGGAAUAGCCAGCAUUUCUGCACAGUGUAACUUCGCAGUGGGAGCGGUGGUGAACGCAACUUUUGGCUCCAUCACAGAGUUGACAUUCUACAUCACAGCAUUGCUUCAGGGGCAUCGUGCUGCCACCAAAUGUUAUGAAGAGGUUGUCAAAGCUGCGUUAACUGGCACCCUUCUUGGAUGUAUACUGUUCAUACCAGGUAUAUGUAUGAUCAUUGGGGGUAUUAAACACCAGGAGCAACGAUUUAACAGCCGUUCAGCUGGAGUGAGCUCAGCUUUGCUCUUCAUAUCCAUUGGAGGUGUGUUUGCACCUACCCUGUUUUCAAAGACCUUUGGUAAUCUGAUGUGUGAAAGCUGCAGCGAUGUUCCCAGCAAUGCCACUGUGUCCUUCGUCUGUAAAAACUGUCACUAUGACACGAGUCAAAGUGAGCCCCAUUUAAUUCUGUCCCAUAUUGAGCCUCUUAUGUACACAAUUUCUGUCCUUCUGCCUGCUGCCUACCUAAUUGGCCUCAUCUUCACACUGAAGACCCAUUCCCACAUCUAUGAUAUCCAUAUCAGCGAUGGUCACGGGGGCCAUGCACACGGUCAGUACACACAAGAGGGUACCAGCACCUCCAACCCCACUGGUCACCAUGUUGUCCACUGGUCCCGGUGGAGGGCUCUUGGAGUGCUGAUUGUUGCCACGGUGCUGAUGGCUUGCUGUGCUGACCUCUGCACUGAAAACAUUAAGCCCUUUCUGACCCAUUCCUCCAUCUCCCAGUACUUCAUUGGGGUCACGGUGUUGGCCAUGGUGCCAGAGCUUCCUGAGAUUGUCAAUGGGAUCCUUUUUGCACUGCAAAACAAUAUCAGUCUCAGCCUUGAAGUGGGAAGUUGCAUUGCUGUGCAGGUCUGCAUGAUCCAGAUUCCACUGCUCAUCCUCUUUAAUGCAUUUUAUGAUGUUGGAUUUAUGCUUGUGUUCAGCGAUAUUCAUCUUUGGGCUAGCAUCUUUAGUGUAAUUGUGGUCAAUUACAUCUUCAUGGAUGGGAAAUGUGACUACUUUCAAGGCACAGCUCUAGUGGUGGUCUACCUCAUCCUUCUGGCCCUUUACUACUUUGCUCCUUCUCCACACUCGUGUUAAUGUGCCAAAUAGUAAUUUUGAAAAUUAAACACAUUAAAAGGUUUCUUAAUCUUUGGUGGUGUGGGGUCAGAAGCACAAAAUGUGGGAUCAGAAAUGUCAUGUUGAAGAUUAAAGUGAAUGUUUUUGUUUGUUUUUUUUUAUUUAUAUAGAAAAUAGUGUCUUCCAAUUCUGUCUGUAAUUAAAAGAAAGCUUUUGCUGUUGAAUAGCAAUGUCAAUUUGUGGUAUUUUUCUUGUUAAUCGUUGUAAUAUCUUGUUGAUAUUUGAUAUAAUAUAUUCAUUAAAAAAAAAUUUCUGUA